GUUUUUCCUCAUGGUCUAUAAUCUUCGACUAAUGCUGAAUAUUUUGUGUCGGUUACAGUCAUUUUUGACGGAAUCUUCAGAUCGAAGGAAGUUCAGCUGAUCCGUUUUUUUCAAAAAUUCCGUAUUUUGCCAGUAGUCAUGUAAACUUCAAAUUCGCAUAACUCACUCGGUUUCCGUCAAAAAUGACUGUAACCGGCACAAAAUAUUCAGCAUUAGUCGAAGAUUAUAGACCAUGAGGAAAAACUUGGGUGUGAUAAUUAGCUGUGACAAAUUUUUACCAAACUAUAUUUGGGUACCCAGUAAAUCGGCUUGUCUACAGGGACAGUUUGAUUUGAUAUUAAACAAGAUACCGUUCAACACUCCACGUAUCAAUAUCAAUGAAGUAGGAGAAUGAAUUCGAGAGGCGCAAAUACCGAAUAUGUUGAUGACAAGGGAAACACAGUAUUGUGCAAUGCUGUUAUCACGAAUAAUUUGGAAUUGAUUAAAGUAUUGGUUGCUGGUGGAUUGAAUACCGAGUAUAAAAAUAAAGAGAAUUCACAGCAUUACAACUCGCUCGUAAUGCCGCAUCAAGAAAUACCCAAUUGGUCGCCUUUCUAGAAAAACUAGGCGUCAACAGUGAAUUAAAACAAUUAAUUCAACAGAAACAAUCACAGUUGACACCGGAUGAAGUUCAUAAGUUAUUAGAACAAGGUGCAAAGAUUGACGCAUUCAUUGCUCAUAAUGAUACAUUUUUACAUCUGUUAAUUGUUAACAAAGGCACGCCAGAAUUAGUUAAUGCAUUUGUCAGUGAUUUUGGUGCAGAUAGCGAUGCUAUGAAUGUAAACGGAUAUCGUCCAAUUGAAAUGUUCAUAUUGUACGACGAUGAUCAAUUUCUAACCGUAUCUGCAUUUUUGAAACUGAAAAAAGUUACAUCUGAUAUGUUUUUUAAUCGUCAACUGAAUAAAAGUCUGUUACAGUUUGCCAAUGAUCAAAAACAAUUAGUUGUUGCACAAAUUAUUCGGGAUGAAUUAAACUUACGUCUAUGGCAGUGUAUUACACAGGCAACAGCAGAUGAAAAACGUAAUUCAAAAAUAAUAAUAGAAGCAAAGCAACUGAUCAGUUAUGGUGCACAAAUAGAUCACAAACAUAUCGAUGAAGACUUCGACCAAUGGACAGUAUUACACUUAGCGUGUAAAUCAAGUAAUGUGGAUCUUAUCAGGUAUCUAAUCGAAAAUUUAAAACCAGAUUAUAUGAAAUCAACAUUAGGCGGUGAUGCUCCAGUGGCCAUUGCAUCAGAAUUUGGACAAUUGUCUAUCGUUCAGUAG